UAUUGGCUGGACGGUGCAGGCUGGCGGGGUGCACAGGGGAGCUGUCAGGCUGUUGAGGGAGGGAUUUUCCGUUGCCGGCCCUGGGCCCUGGCUUUGGAAGGAGACAGAGAACGCGCUGUCGCCGCUGCCGCCUUUCCCCCCACCCACCCAUGGGGGGGUGCAUGAGACCCUGAGCCUCUUUUCCCCCUCUCUGUGGGGCGGGUUUUCCCACGUGGUUGCUUUUGCUCGUAUCUCAUUUCCUUACAAGCUUCUACCGUCCUUCACGCUAAUUCCUCCAGCUUGCUCUGGAACCCAGCAGAGAUGACAGAAUAUAAACUGGUGGUGGUGGGUGCUGGUGGCGUUGGGAAGAGUGCAUUGACCAUACAGUUGAUUCAGAAUCACUUUGUGGAUGAGUAUGACCCCACUAUAGAGGAUUCAUACCGCAAGCAAGUGGUAAUCGAUGGAGAGACAUGUCUCUUGGAUAUCUUAGAUACAGCCGGGCAGGAGGAGUACAGUGCCAUGCGUGACCAGUACAUGAGGACAGGAGAAGGCUUCCUGUGUGUCUUUGCAAUCAACAACACAAAGUCUUUUGAAGAUGUUCACCACUACAGGGAGCAGAUCAACCGUGUGAAGGACUCUGAUGAUGUUCCAAUGGUGCUUGUUGGCAAUAAGUGUGAUCUGCCGUCUCGGACAGUGGAUACUAAACAAGCUCAGGAGCUUGCCAGAAGCUACGGAAUCCCUUUUGUAGAGACCUCUGCCAAAACCAGACAGGGAGUGGAGGAUGCUUUCUACACCCUGGUGCGAGAAAUCCGAAAACACAAGGAAAAGAUCAGCAAUGGCCGUAAGAAGAAAUCUUCUAAAAGGAAGUGUAUUAUCCUCUGAAGGAGAGAGACUCUGUUGCACUGUUGGCAGUGCAAAAAGCCCCUUUUGAGUCUGGGUAUUUUCCCAAGCUGCAAGAUGAAUUCUGAUGGCCAUGCCCCCUUACUCAUUUUCAGCUGGAAGGCAAAGGUUGUUUUGAGUUCUUAAUGUCAAUUACUUUUAUUAUUUUUAAAACUGGGACAUUGUGUCCAACACAAGGAUUUGUAACAUUCAAUGUUUUGUUACUACUUGCCCCUUUAUAAAAAAAAAAAAAGAUUGUUUCCAGCCCUUAGGAUUAUAGAGGUCCCUCCUAAAAGGAACCUGGUGUAGCUUGAUCCUGCAGGUUAGAGGGAAGUGAUAGCAUGAAGGCAGUGUCUUAGUCAGAACCUUAGGGGCCUUUCUCAUUUUUUGUAGCAUUUUCCCAAACUUAGUUCUCUGGGAGACUGAAAAGGAAGCAGCAUAGACUUGGCACCAGUGGGUUUUUUGUUUGUUUCUGUUUUUUGUUAGUAAUGAAAUAAGGGUAACUUUGGACAGAAGAUGAUCUAUUGAAGGAGGAAUUGUGGAAUGCCAAGAGAAAUGUGGAAAGCCAAACCCUCUCUGUAGCUGAAUAUUUCAUCCCACUGUAUUAAAAUAGAUGGUGCUGUUAUUUUUCUUCUGGGUGGUUGAAAUUCUGUAUUUAAGUUUCUCUUUCUGGUUUUCAUUUGGGCUGUUAUUCGUAACUUCUGAGCAAAGGCUGUUCACCUUCAAAUGACCCAGGAAAUGCAGUUUUGCUCAGCAAGUUUUAUCAGAAAUAUGUGGUGAUGGGGAGAUAGCAACAAAGUAUGAGAGAGGUACUCUUAGGUGGUUGUUAUAGGCUUCCUCCAUCCAAAGGCAGUGGCAUCUGAAGUCUGUCAAAAACAACUGUUGGAGAUAGCUAAAUAUUUGCGUUUAAAGAAGUGUCCUAAUAUAACCUGCCACUCACUCUUGCUCUCCUUUACUAAAUGGGUCUAGGGAGUAUAGCAGUGUGGACUCUCUUUAUAAACAGAAGGGAGAAAUAUGAUCCAGUGGUCUCUUAAUCAUCUCUCUUUUUUAGUUCCCUGAAUAUUUUGCCUUGUCCUUGGGUUGCUGGCGUGGAAACAUAUAGGUACUUAAAGAUUGGCAUGGAGAAAACAGUUUGAAUUUAUGAUCCUGUUAGUGCUUAUAAGACAUCAGAAUUAUGUCCUGGUUUGUAUUUGACCUUAUCCUCCAUGCCCCCCAGCCAAAAAACAAAGAAAAAUCUCACCUUUGGAAUCCUGUUGAUUUGGUCUUUUUCCAUGGUCCUGAGGAUCUGUAUAAUAAACGCUACCACUUGGAAUAAACCUGUGAAUAAGCUACUUGA